GCGGCGCUGUGGCGGCGGGGCCGGGGCAUCACGGGCCCGGGCGCCUCCUCCCCGCUCCGCUCCGCUCCUUCCCAUGGCCGGGAACUUCUGGCAGAGCUCUCACUACUUACAAUGGAUUUUGGAUAAACAAGAUCUAUUGAAAGAACGCCAGAAAGACUUGAAAUUUCUGACUGAAGAAGAAUAUUGGAAGCUACAGAUAUUUUUUACUAAUGUUAUCCAGGCUUUAGGUGAACAUCUUAAAUUAAGACAACAAGUUAUUGCCACUGCUACAGUCUACUUCAAGAGAUUCUAUGCCAGAUAUUCCCUAAAAAGUAUAGAUCCAGUAUUAAUGGCUCCUACGUGUGUGUUUUUGGCAUCCAAAGUAGAGGAAUUUGGUGUUGUUUCAAAUACAAGAUUGAUUUCUGCUGCUACUUCUGUAUUGAAAACUAGAUUUUCAUAUGCCUUUCCAAAGGAGUUUCCUUAUAGGAUGAACCAUAUACUAGAAUGUGAAUUCUAUCUCUUAGAAUUAAUGGACUGCUGUUUGAUAGUAUAUCAUCCUUAUAGACCUUUGCUCCAAUAUGUGCAAGAUAUGGGCCAAGAAGACAUGCUGCUACCUCUUGCAUGGAGGAUAGUGAAUGACACAUACAGAACUGAUCUUUGUCUGCUGUACCCUCCUUUCAUGAUAGCUCUAGCUUGCCUACAUGUGGCCUGUGUUGUCCAGCAGAAGGAUGCAAGGCAAUGGUUUGCUGAGCUGUCUGUUGAUAUGGAAAAGAUUUUAGAAAUAAUCAGGGUUAUUCUGAAGCUGUAUGAGCAGUGGAAGAACUUUGAUGAGAGAAAAGAGAUGGCUACUAUUCUUAGUAAAAUGCCUAAACCAAAACCACCUCCAAACAGUGAAGGAGAACAGGGUCCAAAUGGUAGCCAGAACUCUAGUUAUAGCCAAUCUUAAGGCAUUCCAAAGAAUUAUUUUAUGGACCACUUUGACUCAAGACAUCCUGGGAUAUUUCCUGUGUUCAUGAAAUGGACAGAAGGUUUUAGUAACAUCUUUGACAAAGAACUCGAAGAAUAAAUAGCUUGUUUGUGUCAAGCAUUUUGAAAGCUUUUUCUCUAAAACUACAUCGUUUUCUCUGACUCUGGAACAAAUGUGCUAAGAUUUUUCAGUGUAAGGAAUCAAACUUAAAACCAAGCUGCAAAAGAUUAAUGUUUUUCACUCAAAACAAAUAGUUCAUUAUUGGUUUUAUUUGUGUUGAGGUGAACUGUUUUAGAGCGACAGUAACCUGAGGCCUAAGUGUAACUGUAUUAAUGAUUUGUGUUGUCUUCAUUUUGUUUGUGACUGAAGGAAGAUAGUGCACUCUAUGUUGAAUCUAUCCAUUACCUUCAGUUUUGUUGAGUAAAAAAAAAAUAAAUACAGAUUCUGCAACAAGUAACACAGUCCUUCAGAAACAAAUGCCUAGAAAAGCCUGUAAAGAAUAUUGUUACAGUUCUAAUGAAAACUGCAGGAAAGAAAGUCAGUUGCUAUUUUUGGGUUUAAAAAAGCUGUAUUCCUCAGUAGAUCUACUUGGUUGUUUUUGCCAUGAUACAGUAGCCCAGCUUGCCAGAGAAGUGCAAUAUGUAUAGUGAUUCUGCAGUUUUCUGAAACAUUUCAAGUGUUAGAAAUUAAUACAACCCAACAUACUAGGAUUUUUUUUUCAAAUAAAUGUACUAUAUGGUACAAUCAGAAUAUUUCACAAUCAAGUACAAAUCUGGAUAUUAUUGCUGUUUUUUAUGGUGGAUUUUUUUUGUAGAAAAGAUAUACACUGUUAGUCUGCCUUCACUGUUAGUGUGAAUUUGUGUGGUUCAUUAGAGAGUUUAUUUAAGAGGAUCAAGUGUUUGGUGAGCUUCAUACUGGCUAAUUUUAAUUGGGAUGUUAGGAGCAACUCUAGAAUAACUGAAAUGGGAUUCCUUGGUUACUUUUGUGCUGGAGAAAAUGAGAUUUCUUCAAACAGGCGGCCAUAUCCUGCAUUCCUCACUCAGGAAAAUAUCCCACUGAAGACAGGAAUGGGCCUUAAUUGAUUACUUGAUAUUUUAGAUAACUUUGUUUCUAAGUUCUGUACAAAUUUAUUUUGAAUGAUGAUGCCAACUUGCCCAAGUAUAAAAGUUGAAUGAUAAAGUUCAGUAACAUUGU